ACAGAUUGAUAGAUAGAGAAGGAGAAAGAGUGAAAGAGAGAGAGAGAGAAAGAAAAGGGGGAGGGGUGACCGUUGGGCGUCGCGACGCUUUAAAUCUCGAUCUCGCCUCGAACGAGUGGAGGGGAGGGUGGGGGUAAGGCUAGUCCGGGUUACGCUUCGAGCGAGUCCGAACGGAAGGCAAUCUUCUUGAAUCCGGCGGAGCGCGAAGAGGCUAACUCGUUGUGCCGGGCUAAGAAAAAGAAAACGAGUUACUUGGAGAUAUAGUCGAUUAAUUCUUGUAUUAUUUGUUUAUUAUUUCUUUGAUACAAGAGAAGAGAAAGUAAGAUAAGAGAAGAGAAAGAAGAGAAGAGAAGAGAAGAAAAGGGAAGAGAAGAGAAGAGAAGAAAGAAGGAAGAAAGAGAAGAAAGAGGAAGAGAAACUUGCAGCGAUGGAAGACGAUCGUAGGAGCUUACGUGAUGUUGUGCUCGUGUCACGUUGAAGAGGAAGGCUCGCCUCGAGCGAGCUGCUACCCGACCUCGUCGUCGUCUUACCGUUUUCGUCGAUGUCGACGGCGAGGAGGAGGCAACGUGCCGCCGUCGCUACCGCCGACGGAAAGUAGGAGGAGGGGAAAGUGGUGGAGGUGGAGGAGGAGGAGGAGAAGGUAGAAGAGGAUCCGAUUGCGUUUUGCAGAGGUGCCUCCUUUGUGCCCGAAACGAGAGAGAGGGAGAGAGAGAAGGAGAGGGAGAGGAAGAGAAAGAGAAAGACGGAUAGACAGACAGAUAUAGGAACGGUACAAGAAAGUGCGAGUGUGCGUUAAAGGAGGACGGAAAGCGAGGGAGGAGCCGGUGCACACAGCCGGUGGAGGGGGUCCAGCCGAGAUCUCGUCUGGUGAUGAUGAUCGGUGGUGGCGUCGCGAGCCCUCCUGGUACUGCCAAGUCGGUGGCUGCGAUCGACGGCGAGAUGGUGCAGGUCGAGGGCAUUGGCAGUGGAAGUGUCAGUGGCAGUGCUAGUGGUAGUGGUAGCCCAGCGACCGCUUCUACGCGACUACCAAAUAACACCAACGCCAACGGCAGUAGCAAUAAUAAUAAUAAUAAUAAUAAUAAUAAUAGUAAUAAUAAUAAUAAUAGCAGUAGUAGUAGUAAUAAUAAUAAUAAUAAUAGUAAUAACGCGAAUCCGAAUUCAAACGCGAGCAAUAGCGGUGGCAACGGCAACAACGGGAGCAACAAUAACGGCCAGGGCGGGGGGGACGUAAGUAGCAACAAUAAUAAUAAUGACGGACACGCGGUGCUGAAUUGCAGCGGCGCCGGCAGCGCCGCAAGUGACAAGUUUUGCUGUCACGACGAGGACGUUCCUGUGAGCACGGCAGUAGCGCGACCUUGGGAACCACCCUCGCCGACCUUCUCGCAGACGAGGUCGCACCUUCUUCAGGUUCAUCCGACUCAUCAUCAUCAGCAUCCGGCUGCUCAUCCUCAUCAACAAAUGACCGUACCGCCGGCUUCCCUUAUCGAUGGCGUGAGUUUGCAGAGCUGUACAGCGGGACCAUUUGCGAGCGGUAAUGGCGGUGGUGCAUCGCGGCAACGUUUACUGGAACUGUCGCACGGAUUGGGAGCUCUUAGACAUUACAACGACCUAGCCAAUCACGUGUUAUCCCUCAACCAACAGGGUGCUGUCGUCACAAAACUUUUAGGUACGCUACGUCCGCCGGGCCUGAUCGGUGGAAGUAAACCCAAAGUUGCGACGCCCGCUGUAGUUGCCAAGAUCGAGCAAUACAAAAGAGAAAAUCCUACGAUAUUCGCGUGGGAAAUAAGAGAAAGACUCAUAUCCGAAGGUGUGUGCAGUAACGCGACGGCACCGUCGGUGAGCAGUAUCAAUCGAAUUUUAAGAAACAGAGCUGCGGAGAGAGCUGCCGCGGAAUUUGCGAGAGCAGCAGGUUAUGGAUUGUAUGCGGCCGGGCCGCAUCCAUAUUUUAAUUCGGCUGCUGCAGCAGCUGCAGCUGCUCAUCAGCAUCCAACGACGAGUCAUCAUCUUCCAAGUGGAUGGCCGGCUCCAGGAGCUGCUGGACACCCCUGGAUGCUGCCACCCUUGGCCACUGGUAUCUCGGGGGCAGCUUCGGCUUUGCUCUUACCACCAUCCUUGAGUCCUGGUGCCGCAGCCGCUGCGGCCGCUGCCGCAUCGGCCUCCGCUGCUGGCACCGCCGAUCAUGCUUUGCACGCUGCCGACGCCAUCGCGAGAGGAUACUUGCAAGAUGGUGACGGUGACGACGGAAGUUUGGACGGUUCCGAGCAGCCAAAGUUCCGGCGAAAUCGCACCACCUUCAGUCCGGAGCAGCUCGAGGAACUCGAGAAGGAGUUCGAGAGGUCGCACUACCCUUGCGUGUCGACGCGCGAACGGUUGGCUUCGAAGACCUCCCUCUCGGAGGCACGCGUACAGGUUUGGUUUUCCAACAGACGGGCAAAGUGGCGUCGUCAUCAGCGAAUGAACCUCUUAAAGCGUUCGCCACCACCGCCGCCGCCGCCGCCGCCGCCGCCACCGCCGCCGCAGCCGCGGCCGCACUCCGCGUCCAGCAUGGAAAUCGGCCGUACGUCGGGCUGCUCAAUCGCAGGAAUGGGAGGCGAAAGUAGCGCGUUUCGUGCGGUCGUUACGACUUCGUCGCAAUCUUCGAGGGAGUCUAACGAGAGGAUUGGUGGUAGGCUCGAAUCGAUUUCGAAACAGCAACAACACCAACAACAGCAGCAACAACAACAACAACAACAACAACAACAACAUCAACACCAACAGCAGCAACAGCAACAGCAACAACAACAAACAGAAAAGAAACCGAGCGCUUUUCGUAUGAUCAGUCAGCUGGUUGGCGAAGAUUCGCGUUCGAAUUUGUCACGAGCUACGAGUCCCACCUACGAGAUUCAAAGAUCUGGUCAUGGACCUGGUGGACCUGGUUCCGGUCAAAGAAUGGACUAUGAGAUCGUUGAGGACGAAGACGAGGACGAAGAAAUCGACGUACAAGAUUCCGAUCAAGAUGUCCCAUCUUCGCCGCCGGUCGCGUGGAGAGAUCAUUGGACCGAUCAGCAACCUCUUGAAUUGACCAAACACGAUCGUUGAAUUUGACUCGAAGUGGGGAAGCGGAAGAAGACGAAUACUAGGACGAGAUAAAAGAAGAAGAGAGAAUUAUUUUCAUCUCGUUCGUACGGUGGUGAUUUCAUAGUUUCCGAGUGCGAACUUAUGGUGAAAAAGAAAAAAAAAUAUAUAUAUAAAAAAGGUCUCAGAGUUAGUGUCUCAGUGAGAGGACUAUAAACGUUCGUUGUAAUAAGAUCUCGAAAAAGAAUCUUUUUCUUUGAGAAUGAACUCUCGUAUCCUCUUUUUGAGGUUCCUACGACAGAGGACAAUAUAUAUAUAUACAUAUUUUUUGUUUUUUUUUUUCUUAUUCUUAUAGGAAAAUCUCUCGUCGAAUCGUUCUAGUAUCGUAUCGUGGAACUCGUAUACUUAGAUCGAAAAACGGAUGUAAUCGUCACUCGUUAAACUUUCGAACGUGAUUCUCUUCUCUAUCAAACUAAUGUCUCUAGUACCUAUUCAGCUACUUACUACGAUUACUACGAUCGAUUUACUACGAAUACGAUUAACGAUUAAGUGCUACCGAGUAUCGCUGUGUAAUAUUAAAAAUGCAAUAUCAUCAGUGUCGCUGUAACAUUAUUGUCGAGUAGGACUAUAUCGAGGACUAUGUUUCGAUAGUAUCGUCAUUUCGUUCUUCUUCUUUUUUUUUGGUUUUUUCUUUCUUUCUUUCUUUCUGUUGUUAUUUUCUUUUUUCUUCUUUUUUCUUUCAUCUCUCUAAUCCAUCUUCAUCGGCCAUGGAAAUUAUACGUCUGUCGUUAAAAUGAGAAGGAAAUGUUGUAUACAGAAUCGUAAGUAAAGAACGGGAGCGAGAGAAAGAGAGAGAGAAAGAGAGAGAGAGAGAGAGAGAGAGAGAGAGAGAGAGAGAGAGAGAGAGAGAGAGAAGAUAGGAGGAAAUGUCUAGUGCCUCGUUAGAUUAGAAAAAGACGUAAGUACCUUUUUUCAAAGGAAAAUAAAAAAGGGUACGCUUUGCUCCUACUUGAAGCAGAGAAAGGAAGAACGCAGAUGAUGAUGAAAUUGUAACACAAUUAAGAUAUCGUUUUAUUUAAAAAAUGAACUCGUUUGUAAAUAUCCACACAGGACAUAAAAAAAAGUUCUUAAAGUAA